GUCCAUGGCUAGGCGCUGGGGUAGGAGGGCUUUGUCCUGCUCAGAGCAAGGCGAGGCCCUCUCGGCAUCCACGUGGUGGUGGCAGAGAUACGGGGGCAGCCGGGGAGGCAGGAUGAUUGCAGGGUCACGUGCUGCCAGCGGGCCUGGCAGGAUGUGUAAGGCAUAGGCUGGCAAGGAGAUCGCAGCUCCUCAAUCACCGCAGGACUUUGGUGGAAAACACAGUCCACAUUUAUGGCGAUUCCGAAUUUGAGAGUCAAUUUCUGCCAGGCUCAGCACAGCAAUUUCCCUGGCAAGUGACCUUGGGGACUCCAUGUGCCGUAUUCAAUCACCUGCGCCUUGAAGACUCUGGACACCUGGACACCGAGGAGGUCCUUAAAAGUUACUGCAAGUAUAUCUCCUUUAAUAACUCUGGUAAAAUCAAGCUUUGGGUAAACAAAGGUCGAAGACAACCACCACUGUUGUCUCUCUAGUGUCUAAAUGUAGGCCGGAUAGAUGAGUUCGGAACCUAAGCUGGAUGUUUCUGAAGUCUCAAGGAAUCCAUCUGCAGACGCUGAGGCCCAGGUUGAAUUCGAAUGAAUUUUAAAUACUUCUGCGCCAUUUUUGGAGAAGCCUCAUACAGAGUAAACAAACCGAAUAAAGAAAAAGAACAAAAGUGGUCCUUUCGAUGAUCUUAAUGUUUUCGCUGUCCCAUCACCCACGCGGGCACUCUCGUUUGCCAUAAUGAACCAUCCAGCGCCCGUGGAGAUCUGCUACGACAACAUGCGGUUCCUGAUCACUCACAACCCCACCAACGCUAUGCUGCCAAAGUUCACAGAGGAACUGAAGAGCUACGGAGUGACAACCUUGGUCAGAGUUUGCGAUGCCACCUACGAUAAAGCUCUAGUGGAAAACUGUGGCAUCCGCGUUCUAGACCUGCCCUACACUGACGGAUCCCCACCCCCUGACGACUUAGUGGAUGAUUGGCUGAACCUGCUAAAAACCAAAUUUCGUGAGGAGCCAGGUUCCUGUGUGGCCGUGCACUGUGUGGCAGGGCUAGGAAGGGCUCCCGUGCUGGUAGCCCUCGCUUUGAUAGAAUGUGGAAUGAAGAAUGACCAAGCAGUUCAAUUUAUCCGGCAAAAACGAAGGGGCGCGUUCAACACCAAACAGCUGCUUUUCUUGGGGCAGUACCAACCCAAGACGCGGAACAGGUCGCGGUCACGCUUCAAGGAUUCCACGGGGCACUGCUGCGUUCAGUAGGCUACAAGCUAAGGCUUUCUCCACUGUCGCUUUGAGAGGGGAACUCUAGGCACCUGGAAAGCGAUUUCGGAGUCUUUCCUGUGUCAUCAGAGAGUAGUGGAUUCAGUUAACUGGUGCCGAAGCCAACAAUGGAGAAAUCCCUCUAUAAAGUAAAUAAAUUAAGAAAUAAAAUUAGAAGGAAAAAAAAAAACCUAACCCGUUCCAGAGCAACAGCAAAGAAAACCCGGACCCGGAGUCUGACUCCUGCAUGUUAAAAGCACUCCCACCAUCUGCCACGUUAUGAUGCCACCAAGAGGGCCUCACCAGGGCCUGGCAACUGUCAGCUUUCAGCCUCCACAACUGUCACCUAAAUAAAUCUCGUGAUAAACUA